CGAUCGUCGGUGAUGCUUUAAUAAACAUCCACUGUUUUCCCUGUGCAUACAGCGCGUGAAACUCAUGUAUUUGUUUACAAAUUUUCGCCUAAAAUCUGAUCAAUCAAAGUUAUAAUAAAGAUGGUGAAAUAUUGCGUCUUGAAAAAUUGUAAAACCGUUUGGAAUCCACUAGUGGAUGUUGGAUUUCAUAGUUUUCCUAGAACGAAUGAAGAUCUCCUUGCAAAAUGGAUUGCAAGCAUUCCUAGAGAAUUAUUACCGAGAUGGACAGAUAAUUCCAACAUUUGUAGUAAACAUUUUGAAAAGAAUUGUUAUGAAAGUGGAUGCAUUGUUCGCAGACAGCUAAAAAAAGAUGCUGUUCCUACUAUUUUUAAAUGUUCAGAUGAAGAUGAUAAUCUUAUGAGUAAAAUAAAUUUAGGCUCACUACAGCAACCUGGCGAUAGUAACCAAUCUGUCACAAGUUCUAAUAAUAUUGUUUUCCAUAAUGAUAUUCCAGAUUUAAGGACGAUACGCAAAAUUGAUGUGGCGGUACAGGUGGAAAGUCGUUACUUGCCAGUAUCACCUGAUAAGGCAAAACUUAAAAGAGACAUAAAGGUAUUGCAGCAACGUUUAAGGCGGAGGAACGAAGCUCUUACGUCCCUAAAAUUACUGGUGGCCCAACUCAAAAUGUACCAAGGCAUUCACAGAACUCAUAGUGAAUAAUUUAGUAAUAAUUAGUGAAUAAUUUCUCAGGACCAUAUCGCUCAGCAAAAGAUUGUAAUUACUAUAUAAUGUAAAGAUAUCCAGAUAUCAAAAUCUGCAAAAGCGAAUUUUGCAUAGUCUCUGUAAGCAGCUUGCAGAAAUAUGAGAGGAUCUGAUGAUAAACUGACAUCAGAAAUCGAACAAGAUCUGUCGUUCUAAUGUAUUGAAAAGGAACAUGCUGCAGAUCCUGCUCGAUUUUUGCCAUCUGUUAGAUUGCUUAUUGGGUAACAAUGUGAAUAUAUAUAUGUAUAUAGAAAGAGAGACUAUUAUAUCUGUUAUAUUGCCUUAUUAUGUACAGAUCAUGGUAAAAUAUCAAUGUAACUUAAAUGUAACAUAUUGAAUGUAACAUAAUAUACGACGAA